AUGAAAGUUCCACGCCCACAGGGACCCCUCGUUUCCCUGGCUCCGGCUCUCCUGCCAUCAAGCAAAACCCUCCCUGGCCGAACAAUUCUCCUCGAGAAGCUCGACGCCAAGCAUUCCGAUGACCUCUUCACACUGAUUGGCGGCACUGAGCCGGCUAGAGAGUCUCUGUGGGACUAUAUGUUUGACGGGCCUUAUUCGGACGCAGACACGUUCAAAGCCAGCAUCGCCUCCAAGUCCAAAUCGAUAGACCCCUUCUUCUUCGCGAUCAUUGAUCAGCGCAAAAAUACGCCCACUUUCGCGAAGGCGAUUGGCAUUCUAUCCCUUAUGCAUAUGACACCUGAUUACUUUUGUAUCAUGAUUGGAAAUGUUAUGUACUCGUCUGUUUUGCAGCGCACGACGGGCGCGACGGAGGCGAUCUAUCUCUUGGCCCGGUAUGCGUUCUGUGAGCUUGGGUAUCGGAGAUUAGAGUGGAAGUGCCAUUCACUUAAUGAGCCGUCGCGGCGGGCUGCGGCGCGGUUGGGAUUCACCUUUGAGGGGACGUUCCGACAGCAUAUGGUUGUCAAAGGGCGGGGCAGGGAUACGUCUUGGUUUUCGAUUUUGAAGGACGAGUGGGACGGGUCUCUUGGGGCUGCUAUGGAGAAGUGGUUGUGUGAGGAUAAUUUCCGGGAGGAUGGUAGUCAGAUCAAGACUUUGCCGGAUUUGAGGGCUGAGUGUGCAUAG